ACUGAGUUCCAGCGCUCAGUUCCGAUCAAGGCCACUUGCUUUGCAUAUUUAUCUGAACUGGCUUUUACGAUCACAGUGUUUUGUGUGAUGAAAGUUUAUUACUAUGUCGUCACGACGUGAUUCCUGUUUAAGAUUUAAUAAACCUUGUUUCUGUGAAUUGUCAAACACACCUCAACAUUCGUGGAAAAACUUAUACAAAGUUGAAGGUGACCCUAUUGGACGUGGUUAUGCUGGGAAAGUUUACAAAAUUGCUACUGGUAAUAUGGAGCUACUGGAUCCUUCGAUAGUGAAGAAGUCUCAACUCACAGCAACAAUGUAUUCAGAAAGUGCUUUUGCUGAGCCUGGAGAAUACUUAGCUUGCAAAGUCAUCCGUAGAUUUCGUGGAGGAAAGGAUACUAUUGCAAAAAUUACCUCUGAAGUUCAAGCUAUGGUCAGUUUGCAAAGAGAUCAUCUUAGUACUUAUCAUAACUCUAUGUAUAAUAAGCCAUCUGAAAAACCUUCCAGAAUUUGUAACCAUCGAGUUCCUCCCAAAUCAGCCUCACCGACACUGUUUGCAGUUUACAAAGACUCAAUGGAAGUUGCUAUUAUCAUGGAGUACGCUAGUGGUGGAUCUUUAUACGACUUGUGUAGAUCUGCUUAUCUGUAUGACUUUGCUGCUAGUCCAACCAGUUCUCCUUGCGGCGAUUUAUCCGUUCCUAAUUCACAUACAACAAUCCCACAGUCGAAACACUUUGGUUCAUUUGACGGAUUGCCUGAAUCAUAUAUUCGUCAACUAUUAACCAGCAUUCUUGAAGCUUUGGUCUACAUGCAUGAUACUCUUAGAAUGGUUCACUUAGAUGUUAAAGCUGAAAAUCUUUUACUGCGUCAACCCUAUCCGUCUACUGACGUAUUUUUCACAGAUUUCGGUUUAGCGACCAUAUUAACUGAAGGUAAACAACAUCGAGAGCUUGCAGGAACUCCUGAUUAUGUCGCACCGGAAAUUAUUAACUAUGAUCCUAUCACAUUUGCUACAGAUAUGUGGUCUGUUGGGGUUCUUACAUAUUAUCUACUCACUGGAAUCUCUCCAUUUCUCGGUGAAGAUAAAUACAUCACAAUGCAAAAUAUUACUCAUGGUACAAUUACGUAUCCUGAUUCCCUUUUUGAUAAUCGUUCAUCCGAUUCAAUUGACUUUAUUCAGCGCCUUCUUCAACGUUCACCGACACAACGUAUGUCUGCCAAAGAAUGUCUCAAUCAUCCUUGGCUCCUCCAGUCAUUAAAUCAACCAAUCAUAAUCGAAGCAGAAAUUAAUCAUCAAUCAUCACAAAUCGCAUUGUAUAAUAACAAAAAUAAUAGUAGUAAUGAUGAUAAUGUGAAAUAUGCUAUUGAAUUAUUCAGUGUAGAUCCAGUUGUUGAAAUUGUUGAUGAAUUUAUAUCACCACUUUGUUUAACCCAGUUUAUAGUACAAUCUCCUGUAUAUAUUGUUCCACAUGUAGAUGUUGUUAGUCAAACAAAUUUUUAUAAACUAAUGCCUUCACUAAAAUUAUGUGUUAAUUAUCUUCCUAUUGUCAACUCAACAACAGCAUCUACACAUUUUACCUCUUCAAUAAACAACCACCCAUCAUCAUUCGAACAGUCUAUUAGAAAGAUAUCCAAAAAAUUAAUCAAUGGACAUUUCAAUCUACUUAAAAGUCUAUCUGAGUUAACCAAAAUUUGUUCAAUUAAUUUGAACAAUGACAAUCGUUAUGUUGAUACUGACAAGGGUUAUCAGUUGAUGAAUGGGUAUUCCAUCGAUAUACAUGAUGAAUCAAGAUCAUUAACCAGUUAUUCUAAACUAUCCAUCAACAAUUUGUGGAAUUCUAACGUAAUUCAUUAUAAUAUUUGGAGAAACAACAAAUCGACUGAAAAUUAUGUACCCAUUAGUUUAUUCAUUUUAAAUUAUUUACAAGAAUAUCAAUUAUUCUUAAUGUUUUGUGAUUUAAAGUAUUAUAAAUUACUUCAUCGUGAUUUUUAUUUCUUUAACGCUCAUAAUACUACUAAUAUUGUUGAUAGUAGUAGUAGUAGUAUCAAAGAGACUAUUAUUACAAAUACUGAAUUAUUUGUAAAUUUUCCAUUGUCAAGCAAAAUGCAUCAUCACAAACAACAACAACAACAACAACAACCUAAUGAAAAUGAUAUAACUCAAAAUGUAAUGAAUAGAAAUAAUGAAAUGAAAGAAUUAAUUAAAAUAUCUAAAUAUACUACUGAUAUAAUGCCAAAAGUGAAUGAAAUUAUUCCGAAAAAAUUUAUAAAUUCACAUAUUUCUACAAUUCGUAUUGAAUUAAAUUCAUCAAUAAAAGAAAAUUUGAAAGUAAUGAAUUCCUCAGAUGAUCAUUAUAAUUUUAAUCAUACAAGAGAUUAUUUAUCUUAUGACUUUUGUAAAAUCUGUGUAUAAUAUAGCAUAAUGCAUGUUUUGGAUCGGUGUUUCUGUUUCUAUUGUCAUGCAUAUCAAUGGUAAUUUAUUUGCUUGUUUCCAUUGACAUCGAAUGCUUUUUAAAAAAAAAAUGAUUCAUGUUGAAAUUUGAAUCACAAUUAUUGUAAAAGCAAUGAACAUUGCACUGCUUUUUCAUUUUAUUAUGUGGCUCUUCAGUAGUGCACAUCAAGAACUUCUUACCUUCUCAGUGAACAUGCUAUUGAUUUGUGCAAUUGUUCACAUUUUUUGAAAAUUUUAUUCAAUCAUCGAUAUAUUUAGCUUCGGUCUUUAUUCUGGCUUCCAGACAAGCCAAUCUAUUUGUUCUUCUUGAUUCACAUUUUGGCCUUGUCAGCUAAUCGCUUAUCAACUAAACAUGAAUUAUUGAUGUGACUAAAGCAUAAUUAUAAUAGUGUAGAGUAAAAUGGGUUGAUAUUGUGAAGGAAUACUCUUAACAUUGACUACUCAAAAUGAUGAAUGAUCUUGGAAUAGAAUAUUUAUGAAUUUAGUUGAAGGUUUUAAUAAAACGUUAUUUGUACAAUGAAAUGUUUGUCGAACCCUGUGUCAUACGUCUAUAACUAAUCGAUUGUGAAGUCGGAAGAAAUAAUAAUUGAUAUUUAUUUUGAUUUAAAUUCGAUUUCGCAGGAUGAGCUGCAAACAUCAGUUUACGUUUGUGAUGUUCUUUUUAAAGUGUAUCAGGAAAUAUAUGUGAUCUGUCGUUACACUGUAUUAUUGUGCACUAAAUCAACUGGGAAUUAAUUUUCGGAAGUACUGUAUACUUACUGAAUACAAAGUACUGUUUGACCAGCAUGUACUUUUUUCACUUUUUGUGGUGUACUACUGGAAAUAUUUGAAAAAUUUGUUUACCUGAGUAGUAUAUUUUGGUGCUAGUGUUUAAUUCUAAGAUGAAAUCAAUAUAUGUACAGUGAAAGCUAGAGCGACUUGUACCUAUAUAAAUCAUCUUUAGCAUCAACGUAGUUCCACUUUAACUGUAAAAGGUCUAUUUUGUAAGGCACCGGUGAAGUCAAUUCUGUUUUAUGUUUUCGAGUUGAUGAUGUUUGGCCACUUUACGUUUGAUCGUCAUUGCUUCUGAGAAAUUAACAACUUUCGGUAAAAACCAUGCUAUUAAUGCUAAUCGGUAAAGCUUAUUUAUUUACAUAAUGCCUAAUUACUAUUUUCAUAUUAAAUAUCUCCCCUCACCAUCAGUAAGCAGUGCGACUAAAUCAGUAGUGCACACCAGUCAGUAUAGAUGUUGGCCAAAUUGGCCUAAGUAUUGUGAUGCAAUGUUUUGAGUUACAUGAAGUUGUCCUGAUUCAUAUUUGGUGACGUUUAUAAAGCAACUUACUGUUUAUACCAGUGAUACAAAUGAAAAAAUUCUUUAUCUAACAAACACAAAAAAUGGUAAUUUCUUAUACUUUUUAUUCUCGGAAUUCAUUCAAUCAGUUUAAAACAGCACAGUAUUUCUAAAUGAAAGGCUAGACUAUAUCAUUUUGAAUGUAGUCUAGACAUGUGACGUUAUUAAUAGUGUAGUGUGUGCUACUGAUGUCGACAGAUAUAAGUAGUAUGUAUCAUCCAUCGAAAUUGAAAUGCCUGGAGGCAGAAGGUUAAAAAGAUCAAAGAAAAGAGAACAUAGAAUGAUUGCUGUUAAAACGACGAAAAAAUAACGUCUGAGAUGAUUGAUUGACAUUUUGCAAAUGAACCAUUUACUGUAUAGUUCUCAGAUUUUACUAAGAUAUUCUGUAAUUUUGUGUUCUAAUACAUUCGAUUAUCCUCAUUUGUGUUCUCGUUCACUACAGUAGUAAGCCACGUACUUUGAUUACUAGAUCUACUGAUCCAUACCGUAGAUAUCAAAAGUUAUUAUCAGUUCUUUUACAAUAAAUAUUUCAUUCUUAUCCUAUUGUAUAAUUUAAACAAUCUGUUAUUUCAGUUCCAAUCAAAUAUUGUAUGAUACAUACUACUAAACAUAAAAAAACCUUCUACUUUAUUUUUUAAAUAUUACGAAACAUAAUGAUCAUUUUGAUGAGGUUUUAUUCUCUGAUCUGGAUGAACCAAACCAUCCAGCUCACAGAAUAAAACUUCAUUAAAAUCAUUCACCUGAGCUACAAAUCUUCUCCACCAUCUCAUAGUGAUCAUCCAAGUAUAUAAUUGUCUUAGAUUAUGUUGUUUGUUUGUUUGUUUGUUUAACUAAUUACUCAACUUAUUUUGAAAUUUAUGUUUUAUUUUUAUUUUCAAUUUUAUAUGAAUUUUAGUACCGCUUUUUUUCUUCUUUUUUUUAAAAAAUAAAAUAAAAUAAAAUUUACAUGGCGUCUUUAUUUUUAUUGAAAUUUAUCUUCGAGAAAAAAGUUAAAAUUCAAUAUUUAAUGAUUCAACUUUUUCUUUUCUUUUAAUUUCUUUAUUAUUUUUUUCUUUUUUUAAAUUUAUUUGAUUCUUUAUAUGAAAUCAUCUUUAGAAAUUUCAUAAUAUUAACAUUUUUUCUCUAUGGAUUUUAAUUUAUAUAUUUUAUUUUAAUUGUAUUUAUGAUAAGUUUUCUAGAAAAAAAGAGAAAAGAAAAAAAUAGAUAAAUAUAAUUUUCACUCAUUAAAAUCAUGAAUCAAUUGAAGCUAGACCACCAUGGAAAACAUGGAAGCAUUGGAUGGCCGUUUCGUCCCAGUAUAGGACUCCUCAGCAGUGCAUAUCUACGGACUUCAAGAGGCAUUUCCUAGAGUUCUAGUGAGAAGCCGUGACCAGUGGAGUUCAACCAAGUGCGUUAUGAGAUAUCAAGUCACUGAAGACAAUGGUGUACGGUAGCGCAACUUCGUGGAUUGGUUGGAGUUAGACAUUAACACCGUUGGAUG